AGAGUGGUUGGGUGCUUUGGGCACCAGCUGCAGUGGAUGCACGGUGUGAGGGACCACGCUGCUGGCCCUGGGAUGGCUGCAGGGUUGGCGUUCCCCUGCUCUGUAUCACAGCCCCAUGCUCACAGCAGCACUGUGCCGAAGCCACUGCAGAAAUGCAGCUAACGGGAUUAUGGUUUAGGUGGGACUCAGAUUAACAACCCGCUUCCUCUGGGAGAUCCCCGGGCCCUCGCAGAUGGGGUUCUCCCCCAGGUCUGCCUGCUGCACAUUGCCUCUCCUUGCAGUGCUCCUGAACUCUGCACAUCCUGUCCCUGUGCAUGCACGGGGGUGGCACUGUGCUGCCCUCCUAGCAGCUGCUGCAGCUGCACUGGGGGCUGCAGAGAUGCUCCCCAGCCCAUGACACCCCAGUGCAGGUGCACCAUGUGCAGGUCGCAGCUGGGAUGGGUUCCAGCCUGGCUCUGGCUCUGCUCAGGGCUGCUGUCUGCAUUUUGAAGUAGCACUUUGGGUCACAUCCAACUUCCCUUUUGAUGAAAACCUGUAUGAAAAUAAACAUCGACUCUUCAAGUGAGUGGGAGAUGAUGGCCAGACAAUGUGCUGGGGCUGUCUUUGACGUCAGCAGUACAGGCGAGGGCUUUGGGUCUGUUUCCCACGAAUGGAAUUCUUUCCAAACCCCUCAGGCACACAGGGUGCUGCUGUUAGCAGUGGUUCUGCCUCACCCUGAGGAGCCCCAGGGCUGUGGGAUUUGCACAGUGCUCUCACUGCAACCACAUCCCGGUGCAGGGAAGGGGCACAGAGCAAGCAGGGAUGUCGGGGCUGAGACGCCCCAGUGGGGAACACUGCUUCCCUCCAUGCUUGCUCACAGCCCCACCGCACUGUGGGUGCCCAACCUUCCCUCACACGAGCAUCCUUCACCUGCUACAGCCCCAAGGAGCUGUGAGCAGGACCAGGCAGUGCUCCCCUCAAUAUCCCUACCCUGCACUGCCCGCACACCCCACAGCUCCGCCUGACAGUCCCUCUCUGUUCCCACAGCACCCUGCACUAUGGCUGCAGUGCUUCCUGCCAGCAGCAGCACGGAGCCACAGCACGGCCUCUGCACCCACAACAGCGUGGGCAGCACCUGGCUUCCACGCGAGGAGCCCCGGGGCCGCAGGAACUCCAUCCCACCCGCACAGGCACCCACUGCCAGGCACAUGCUGGCCUACCUGCCACGGCCACCCACCGACACCAGCCGCUAUGGCACCUUCCCCCAGAAGCCUGAAGUCUCAGCUGCCCCCAUGCUUCUCACAGCUGCUGCUGCUGAGAGAAGUGCCCUGGUUCCAAACGACCUCUCCCCACCCCGUGGCACCGAUGUUCCUAGCGACCCAGCUCCCACGCAGAGCUGCGUGGACUCGGAGGCCGUGGGACCCACCAGGCGCUGGCCCAGUGUCUCCAUCACCACCAGUGACGUGCCCAAGCACCGCCGGGCCUCCCGCCAAGAUCACCCACCCACGCUGCGUGACGGCACCUCCCGCUGGUACCCACGGCACACCCGCAGCGUGCCCAGCAUCCUCAGCCCUGCACGGAGCAGGACGCCCAACCGCAGCAUCGUCUCCAUCCCCGCCUCCGAGAGGCUGCAGAGCCGGCGUUGCAAGCUGAUAGAGGACGAGCGGCCGCUGGGCCUGGCCGGCAAGCAGCAGCGCCAGCGCUACGUCACCAAAGUGGGCAAGUGCCAAGUGAACCUGGGCAACAUCCAGGAGAAGAAGAGGUUCCUCUCGGACAUUUUCACCACUAUUGUGGACCUCAAGUACCGCUGGUUCCUCUUUGUUUUCAUGAUGUGCUAUAUUGUCACCUGGGUUGUCUUCGGCACCAUCUAUUUCUUUGAUGCAUGGAUAAGGGAUGACAUCAACCACAUCGGGGACCCGGAGUGGAAGGCGUGCAUCGAGAACGUGGACAAUUUCAUAUCUGCCUUACUCUUCUCUGUGGAAAGUCAGAGGACCAUUGGCUACGGCUCCAGGAUCGUGACAGCCAACUGCGCCGAGGGCGUCAUCCUGCUCAUGGCGCAGUCCAUCAUUGGCUCCAUGAUUGAUGCCCUCAUGGUGGGGUGCAUGUUUGUCAAGAUCUCCAGGCCCAAGAAGCGUGCCCAGACCUUAAUCUUCAGCAAAAAUUGUGUCAUCUCCCACAGGGACGAGAAGCUCUGUCUGAUGUUCCGCAUCGGGGACCUCCGCGAGAGCCACAUGGUGGAUGCAAAAAUAAGAGCCAAACUGAUCAAAUCCCGGCAGACCAAAGAAGGGGAGUUCAUCCCCUUGGAGCAGUCGGAGCUGAACUUAGGCUACGAUACGGGGGAGGACAGGUUGUUCCUGGUGGAGCCCCAGAUCAUCUGCCACGUCAUCAACCAGCACAGCCCCUUCUGGGACCUGUCGGCAGAGUCGCUGAAGAGGGAGCAGUUUGAGAUCAUCAUCAUCCUCGAGGGCAUUGUGGAAGCUACGGGGAUGACGUGCCAGGCCCGCACCUCCUACACCGAGGACGAGAUCCUGUGGGGGUACCGCUUUGAGCCCUGCAUGUCCCUGGAGAAAGGCGCCUUCCGUGUGGACUACAGCCGCUUCGAGCUGACCUUCGAGGUGCAGACCCCAGCAGUGAGCGCCAGGGAGAUGCAGGAGAUGGCAGAGCUGGAGCGCCGGGACCGCUCCACACCCAGCCUGUGCUGGGAGCUGCUGCCACAGCCCUGCGGGCCCUGAGUGGGCCGACAUCGAGGCUCAGGGUGACCGCAGGGCUUUGGUUGUGUAUCACGGGGCAAAGAACCCCUCAGCAGACCAUUAAAACCUGUUCAUCGA